AUGGAGCGUGAAGAUUUCGACUUCGACGUCUCCGACAUUGCAAGGCGCACCUCUGGCUUGGCGCAAAGAAUAUCGCGCAGCCCUCGGGGUGGCGAACGAUUCCAAUCGCCUCAGGGACGACAACCAUGGACGGCGGCCUAUUGGACGAGACAUGAAACCUGGACUGUCCCGGUGGCAGCACCAGUCGCCGCGAACGCUGCGCCGUCCGAUGGGGCAGCGGUGGAACCGGCGGCAGCGGCGCCCGGAACAACCUCAGCAUCGGCUCCAGAGCCGGCUCGAAUGGCCCGCGCAGCGUCCGCGGCGAGUGGGGCUGCCGAAGAACGUGACGACGAGAGCAUGGGUGUCAACGACCCGAUGUUUAUGCGCGAGUACAACCAAUAUCUAGAACAGAAGCUAAUUGCCAUGCGGGAAAUGAACGAGCCGGCUGACUUCGUCACCGAAGCCGAAUGGGUAGCAUGGAUGCGCCUCGGCUUUGACGUCCUCCCAUCGGACCUUGAAGGGAUCCGUACAAAACUACGUGGUGCGGUCAAGUUCGACCUGUCGAUCACCGAUGGCGACUCGAGGAUCCGAAAGAUGCUCGUAGGCCUAAUGAAGGCCAUCGAGCUAGACAAUCAGGAGUGGGUCCUCCGUGAGGAGGACAAGAUGAAGCCAGCCGGACUACAAGAGGCAGUACAGGAGGAGAUCGCAAUGCAUCGCAACAAGACGUUAAAAACGGGCAUUUUCAAGUUCGUGCGGUGGCUUCGGGAGUACGCAACUAAGUACCAGAUGUUCGUCAAGCUGCAACCUGAAGACUGCAACCCCCCCAAGGGGAACAAACCCAACACCGGUGCUGCACGCGCCGGCGGCGGGAGCGACACCUCGGGGAGGUUGUCUCAAGUGCGGCCAUCUGGUCCGUAG